AUGCAAACUCAGCAAACACCUCAACAAAUACCACAACAAAUGCAAACUCAACAAACACCACAACAAAUGCAAACUCAACAAACUCCUCAACAAAUACAACAACAAAUGCAAACUCAACAAACAUCUCAACAAAUACAACAACAAAUACAACAACAAAUGCAAACUCAACAAACACCUCAACAAAUACAACAACAAAUGCAAACUCAACAAACACCUCAACAAGCACCUCAACAAACACCUCAACAAACACCUCAACAAAUGCAAACUCAACAAACACCUCAACAAAUACCACAACAAAUGCAAACUCAACAAACACCUCAGCAAACACCUCAACAAGCACCUCAACAAACACCUCAGCAAACACCUCAACAAGCACCUCAACAAGCACCUCAACAAGCACCUCAACAAAUGCAAACUCAACAAAUACAACAACAAAUGCAAACUCAACAAACACCUCAACAAAUGCAACAAACUCAUCAAGUAGUGCAAUCACAAGCAAUACGACAAACACAACAAAGUCAACAGAUGCUACGAACACCCAUAAUAAAGCAACCAAAUCAAUCACUUCAAAUGCAACAGACAACACCUAGAAUUAACACUGCACAUGGAGUCUUCUCUGAUAAUCUGCGUAGAAGAGCGAAUAUAUCUCCUUUAACGGGAAUGCUAAAUAACUCUCUUGAAUCAUUAAUGGCUGCUUCUAUUAUUACACGUUACAUGCAAGAAGGCACUAUCUAUACAACUACAAAUCCCUCUUAUACAAUGGCAUCAUCUGAUCCAUUUUCAAUUUCAGGCCCAAUGUCUACCUUUUCAUCUGCUGUAUAUAUCCAAAGUGAUCCAUUUGUUUCUUGUUACUUAGGUGGUACUCCAAAUAUGUAUGGAAUGACUAAGUGUAACACUAAUUUAAAUUCUCAAUUUUCAAUGUUUAACUUAGGAUUAGUGCUUCAACAUAUUUUUAGGAGUAACAUUAGGACCCAUUCUGCAAAAAAAAAUAAUAAUCUUCAAUCAAAAAGCAAGAACUUAAGUAUACAAAGAUCUGAAUCAUCAGAUGUAUACUCAUGGCAUUCAUUAUCUGAAUCAUCAGAUGUAUAUUUAUCGUCAAAUAGCGAUAAUGAAGAUUUAAAUAAAGAAGGUACCUUGUGGAGUCGAGGAUCUGAAUCAUCAAGGGAAGUUAUAAGACGUAACAGUUCUGCAUCACUAGAAAAUGAAGGUUUAACACGUCAAAGUUCUGAAUCAUCAGAAACUCAAAUUUCAACGCAUCAACAAUAUAAAUCACAAGAAGGAAGCGCUUUAAGGAAUAAGGAAUCUUCUUUAAAAGAAACAUCAGAUUCAAGGUGCCAAGAACGUGAAUCCUUACAUAAAACAGUCAUCAAACAACAGAAAGCUCAUUCAUUACCAGAAAAAUUCCUAGGGAAUCAAGAAGAUGAAUCAUCACAGAGAAAAGUUUUAAAGCGUCAAGACGCUGAAUCAUCAGAUACAAAAAGUUUAAGGCGCCAAAAUGCGGAAUCAUUAGAAAAAACAACCGUAGGAAGUUCAAAUAGUGAACCAUCAAAAACGCAAAAUAUUAAGCAUCAAAAGACUUACUGA